GAAGCAUCUACCAACGUAUGAUUCUGCUAAGGUCAGCGGAGACAAUGUUAUCGUGGUUAAUGCUGUUCGAGUACUAAUGAACGGCCACAGCUGGGAUACAAAGGUUUACAAGUUUGAUCGAAAGGCGCACCCAAAAGGUCCUAAAAUAAUUACUGCCAAAACUAUGAUGGGACGUAACCCUGCUAUGAUCAUAAACCUUGCUGUCAAGCGUAUGCUGCCACGCAACAAGCUACGCCCAUUUUGGUACAGGCGUUUGUUUGUUUAUGGAGGUGCCUUACACCCUCAUUGGAAUAUACCUCAAGUAGUAGUACCAGUGGUGCCAGAGAAAGCGAAAAGCGACAUCGUAAAUUCCAUUGCUACAUCUGAAGGCUCCAAACAACAGUUACAACCAAUUGGAAUGAUGGAAGGACCAAAGAAUUGCAGAAGUGUAUUCGAAUGUUUCACCUUAUACACCCGUAUAGCAUCGCGUUCCGAGCCAAAUCCGGAGACGUCAUAUAACGGUUCUUGAUGUCUACAUUUUACUGUGUUACCAAAUAAAAGGCACAAUGUAAAUAUAUGAAACUCUG